GAGAAAGGCUGCAGGCAGGGCCCUAAGGAUGGCUGUGGGGUCCUGAGGCUGGCCGGAGGGAGGAGAUGAACACACAGGUCCACCUCAGGGGCCAUUAUUGACCACCACUGAGAGAGCGAGACGCCUCGGAGGAUUCGAAGCGGGCGGCGGAGACCAAGAUGGAGCUAUAAGGAGGGUGAUUGUCUUCUCUUCCCCUCUCCCUCCCUCUCUGUCGUGAGUAGCCUCGUCAACGCGACCACUGUCCUCUCUGUGUCCGUCCUUCGUGCCGAUCGCAGCCUUCCUUGUUGACAAGGAGGCACCCACCCAUCUCCGCCCAGACCAAGACAGACAGCAAGAAGCUGCCAGUCCAUCAUCUUUUUCCCACCCCUUCUUUCUUACUUGGGUCGUCAUCAUCUGCUGCCGCUGGCUGAUCCGACAUCGUCACGUCAUGCGUCGUUACUGCUGCUGACGGCAAGGGUGUGGUUGAUUGUAAUUGGUCCGACCAUCUAUCUAUCCUAUAUUAUCAGCGAGAAGGGGCCAUGCUCCUAGAAUGCCUUCCCCCACGGCGAGAGUAGGGAGAAAGCGACCAUACGACGCGAUCCGAAGCCUGAUAUCGCUCCCUACAGCCUCGUGCAUCGCCGCCACCCCGCCCAGCACCUCGCCGACCCACCUGCCCGGCACGCCGUCGUUCAACUCGUCCACCGUGCACAUGAUGGACGCGUCCUUCUGCUUCCCUGCCGCCGAUGUCAUGGACUGGUCGGCAGGCGAGGGCGAGGCGGAGGGGGAAGGACGAGAGGGAGAAGGAGAGGUGGGCAAGGAGGGGCAGGCAGCGUCGCCCAUGCAUCUCGAUAGGAGGACUGCGAGGAGGGUCACAUUCCAAGCAGAGGCCGUCAAAGUAUCACCAGGUAACGAAAUGAGUGAGUGCAGAGGAGGGGAGGGGGAGGGAGUGUCGCUUCAUUCGUAUCACUUUUUAAUCACCACUUUUCUUCCUCCCUCUGCGUGUGUCGUGUGUUUUUGUCAUGUGUGCUGUCUGUCAUGUCAGAGGAUGGUUGUGUUGAUGACGUGACGUCAGUGUCGAUCGAGAAGGCGAUGGAGGGUCUCACCAGCACUCUGCCCGUCUGCCUCACGUCCGGCGGCAUCUUCCACAUGGGCGAGGUCGACCCCCCACCAUCCGUAUCCCACUCACACCAAACAGACAAGCCCUGUGGCAAGAAGACGCGCCCCCUCAUGCCCCCAGCCCCCCCACCCACCCCCGCACCCACACCAACAGUCAGGUCCGACUCGCGGAACAACACCCCCACGGCAUCACACGCCACCCAAGGCCCUCAGCCGUCCUCAUCGGUGCCCACCACUGCCCCCCCAUCAGUUACUCACACGGCCGAAAGGCCGCCGGCGUCAGCUCGGGAGAAGGAGAGGCCGCCAGCAAGGGCGCCGGCUGCGUCGCGGUUCUCCCAGGCGCUGAGGGGGUUGGCGCUGCCGCAUGGGCGGAGCGGGACGACUGUGUCGACGUAUGACACGCAGACGGCCACUGAGGACAGCGGCAGGAAGGCGAACACGUCGAGGGAGAGGGCAGAGGGCGACGGGCCGGCCGGCCAGCAGAGGAAGGGCAACAGUCUGUUCGGCCGCGGACAGAAGGGUGGUGCGGCGCAUGCAAAUGGCAGUGCGGCGAGGGGUGUCUUGUCACCUGGAGGUGGUGGCGGCGGUGGCCAUGGUGAGGGCACGAGCCGGCUGGCGAUGGCGCUGUCGUUCAAGUGGGGCAAGCUCCACUUCGCCCAGACCAACAAGAGCAAGGAGCCGCACAAGAGCGCCGAGGUCGUCAAGGACACAUGCCAGCCCCCCCAUCAGCAUCAGCAUCAUCUGGAGAAGGAUGCCUCCAUCCCUCCCCUGUCCCCACCUGUUGGCCCCAGCCCAAGUGCGUCACCCGAGCUGCCCACAUCCCCCCCCUCCCCGUCCGUGUGCGCAGCAGAAGGCGGCAGCACCAAGAACAGCAAGGCCGCCAACCACGUGCCGUCGUCGCCGGCCUUCCCCGGCUGCACCAGCAGCUGCUGUGGCUGCUCGCCCCCACAGAUCCUCGGGCAGCUGGGGGGGCACCCCGAUCCAGCGACAGAGAGCCAGACCAACAGCAAUCAGACGCAGUGGAUGUCCCCAGAGCGGCAGGGUGGCACCAUUGCGGCGUAUGUCAAUCACGGUGGUCCUGCUGCCGCACCUGAUGCCGCCGAUGCCGUCCGUAACGAGACGGGCGGCGAUCAGGAGAGGGAGGGGCAUGGCGAGGGCAUGGUGGGGGACACGGACAUGAGGGACGAGGAGGGCAGGGGGGACGGCAUGUGCGAGGACCACCACCCCCCCCACACACACCAGCCGCCGUCACUCCAGCUGCCGAUCCCAUCAUCGCAACCAGUCGAGGGGGAGGAGACCUCCGGUGCCGUGGAGGCCGACGCAGAGGAGGGCGAUGUGUGCGACGACCACUUCGAGAAGGAGGCGUGGAUGGCCAACCUGCAGAGCAUCCUCGUCACCCGGGAGCAGCUCAUGGGCCUGUUGCGGGACGUCCCUCUGGAGGUGCUGCAGGGCCAGCCCCCAUCCAUGCCCUCAGCCACGCCCACGUCACAACCCGCCUCCACCCCACACCAAGGCAGCAGCGCCACGGCGGGCCCUUUCCCCCCCUCACCAGACACCAUCCCCUCACCCCUCCUCGACCCACCCACAGACCAAGACAACGACACCGAGGUUGCGCGGGCAGACCCCUCACACGCAUGUUGGCGGGCAGGCGACCGCACGAGCCAGUCGGCGGGCCAGCCGGCUACCAGCGACGAGGGCGGCAAGGGCGCCGGUGGGUGUGGGGAGGUCGAGACGGCCGUGCGUGGCGCGAUCGGCCGUCUGUGUCGCGACUACGUGUGUCUGCUAUUCCAUUCGCUGAGCGUCAAGGUGGUGGUGGCCAAACCCGAGACAGAGACCAUUCCCCUCCCCGCCCCCACGAGCACCAUCAGCAGCAACAGCGAGGACACUGCCAUGCGCAGCCCGUCGUCGACCAACAAGGCGAGCCAGUCCCCGGCAAAAGGGCAGGGGAAGGUCUAUGCGCUGGCCGUCAGCCAGGGCUCCUACUGGGGCCCGCCCUACCAGCUCGACGGUGGGUGGCGGGGGGUCAUCAGGGGGCCGGGCUUCGAGGAGCGCUUCACCACCAUGUCGCUGCGGCUGCGAAUUUUGGCGGUGCCCCCGAGCGGCAGUGGCGUCAAGCUCCCGCUGCAUGGCGUGUCGACUCAGCCUGUCGAGAGGUGUGACCUGGAGACUGCCUACCGGACCUGGCGGCUGCAGGGGAGCCCGCCGCGGGAGCUGGCCCCGCAGCAGCUCAACAGGAGGAGGGCGGCUUUCACGGCACUACAGCGGUUCGCCAAGGACCUGCAGGAGGUUCAGAGACAGGUGGGUGCGGGAGGGACGAAAUUGAGGAGGGCAAUACACGCACAUCACACGUGAUUCAUUUCCUUCUCUCUCUCUCUCUCUCUCUCUCUCUCUGUCUCUGUGUGUGUGUGUGUCAGCUGCCAACUCUUCGUUUCGGUGACGCUGAGACAGAGGCAGCGUUCGGUGGGCCUGGAAGUUUGGCCUACACGGAGGUGGGGGGGCUGCUCAAGGCCAUGCAGAAGCACCUCUACACCGCAUUCACGCACCUGCGGCCACACGCAGCCACGGACCAGCACGCCCACCCCCACACAAACCCCCACAGCCACCAACAGCAGCAGACCGACGCAGACAUGGCCGUGAGCAGCAAAGGUGGCGCCGAGGACAUGAUGACGGACGUGCAGACGCAGGCCGACUCCCACUCGAGCAGCAGCGCGUCACUCGUGCAGGAGGGGGACGGGAGGGAGGGCGGUAUGUGAGCAUGUCAUGGGACGAUGGAAGGGUCUGAUGGUCUGAUGGUGUGAUUGUGUGGUGUGCGUGCUGGAGAGUCCAAUUUUACGUACACAUCUUCUCUUGUCGGUGUUGGCGUAGAGGGCAGGGAGAGGGACGGGAGGGAGGGGAGGGGAAGGAUUGUGUGUUGUUUGGCUCCCUCACUCAUUCAUCCGUCGGCAGUUCUGUUGGAUGGCGGGGCGGAGGGUAGGGUACCUGGUUGGUCGCGUGUUGGAUUUGGAAACAUACAAGUAGAUAGAGGGCAUUCACUCUCACUCAGGCUCUCUCUCUCUCUCUCUCUCUCGUCUGUCCGUCUGUCUGUCUGUCUGUCUGUCCUACCUUGGCUGUCACGGCGCCAUGAUAAGCGUUUGCGCUGCUACUGCUGUCUGUCGGUUCACACACGUACUUGGAUGCUCCCUCACCUCAUCAUCAUCAACUUCUCUCUGGGCGAAUGGGCGAGGCUCCACACACAACUUUUUUGGUGCAGGAGCCUGCUAUCACACCGACCAACAGAGAGAGAGAGAGAGAGGGAUGGCUGAUAGCUGUUGGCUGCUGGAUGGAUGGAUGGAUGGUGCCUGCCUGCCUGCCUGUCUGCUUCGCACAGUCACUGCUGCACAUACAGACAGACAGACGUCGAUGUCACUCUUGGUCGGCACACACAGCGAAGGAAGGCGCUCUAUGUCUAUGCGUGUGUGAGUGAGUGUGGGUGUGAGUGUGAGUGUGUGUGCGUGUGCGUAUGUGUCUACGGUGUCCUGGGUGCCUUUUUUGUUUACUUGUUUUGGCGGAUAGGAUACAGACCUGGGCUCUCGUAGAUCACACACACACAUCUGUAGGCUGGCUGACGCACGCAAUCAAUACACACCACACCACACUACACCAUAGCAUCACAUUGCACAGACACACACACACACACACACAUACACGAAUAGGAUCUGGACAGACAGGCGCAUCACGGCGUGGCGUGUGCAGGCAGGCAGGCAGGGAGCUUUACUUCUGUCUUUCUGCGUUUUUUCGCGAGUGAGUGAGUAGUAGUGAGUGGCGCAAUGCAAUCCUCCCCGCCCCUCCCUCCCUGCUAUCUAUAUUUUUGUCGGUUUCCGAAGACUGGCUGGCUGGGUGGCUGAUGAUUGGGUCGAUCAAUACGCCUUUUUUCCCUCCCUCCCUCCCUCUCUACUCUACGUGUAGCAAUCCAUCCGCCCGUGCACUGAGUGAGUAUCAUCCAUCCAUCAUGUCGUUCGGUCGCGUAGAGGGUCACAGAUUAGCUACACACACACAUACACAUACACACACAUGCCCACUGCAGACACCCAUCCACCCAUCCACUUGUCUUGUUGUUGUGUUUUCUCCCGCCGUCUGUCUGUCUGUCUGUCUGUCGGUUUGUGUCUGUGUGUCUCUCUUGCUGCCUGCCUGCCUGCCGUCAUUCCAUCCACGAGGGUCCACCUCAUCUCGCUCGUCAAGAUGUCACUCACGCUGUCUGUCUGUGUUGUGUGUCUUUUUUCGCUCUCUCCGAUACGAUACGUGCGUGGACCAGGGUAUGCCAUGCCGGUGUGUGGUGUGUGGAUGGAUGGAUGGAUGGAAUCAAUAGUGAGCGAGCGAGGCAGCUGCUAGUCAGUCGAUUGAUCACACAAUUUUCACUCCCUCACCUUAGUUGGCUGGCUGCUGUAUUGGGGAACGGUGCGAUGAGGGACAGGGAAUUUUCGCUUUACGACCAUGACCAUGCUGACCAUGCUGUGUGUAUGCGUCUCCCUGCUUCCCUCCCUCUGCCAGUCAGUCAGCCGAGCCCGUGCAGCUUCAUCAUGAUCCAUUCAUUCCCACGACAGCCAGCAGAGCAGACCGUCUUGUGGACAUUUUUCUAUCCAUGCGUCCAGGCAGGCAGGCAGGCAGUCGGGUCACUCACGUUCAUUUCACUCAUUCAUUCAUUCAUCUGGACACACACACACACACACACAUACUCAUACUCAUACUCACACAAACUGUCUGCAUGAGUGUCUUGACUGACUUGAGGUGGUGGAGGGGGCGGACGGAUGCAGCACGCGACAGACAGACAGACCAGCGGAGGAAGGAAGAGACAGAACGGAACGGAACAAACGAAUGAGUGAGUGGGUGGGCGGGGGUGUGGCCGGGGGUUUGUGUGGGUUAGUGACCCUACUCUUGUGUGUGGGUGUGUGCGUCGGUCGGUCGUCUUGAUGGAACGGAAUGACUGCCUUUUUCUCAAUUGUGUAUUGUAUGUAUUGUCGUGUGGUGUAGAUGUGUGUGUGUGUGUGUGUGUGAGGUGUGAGUCUCCACUGCUCUAGCUGCUCUGCUCUGGAUGGAUGGAUGGCUGACGGGAGGGAGUGAGGGAGGGAGGGUCACUUUCUCUACCUAAUGCUAUCUGUCUGUCUACACACAUAAGUACAUGAGAGCAUGGAGUCGUUUGUUUGGUGGUUUGGUUUGCUUACUGGCAUGGCAUGGAUUGGAUGGCGCGGAACGAUCUUGUUGCGGUGAUGGUGUGGUGUGGUGUGUCUCUGUGUGUGUCUCUGUGUGUGUGUCUGUGUGUGUCUCUGUGUGUGUUGGCUCCGCACGCUGUCUGUCUUUCUUCAGUCAUCAUUUGUCUGCUGCAUACCUACCUACACACAUACUCACGCGAGACACAUCGCGACUACCUACCUAUAGCUGACAUAGAGAAAUAUGAGGGCCGGCUGGCUGUUGUGAUGUGUUGUGUUGUGUUGUGUGCUGUAAGUGCGUGAGUGCGUCUGACAUGGCAUGGCAUGGCAUGGUAUGAGGAGCAAAGAAUCUCCGCAAAGAAGGAAAGGCAAAAGACAGAUCGACAGAUCGACAGAAAGACAUUCAUCACUUACAUACUUCCUUACACACAUGCUUACAUACAUCUAGAUCUAGUGGCUUAGUGUGUGCCUUGCCUGCCUGCCUGCCUGCCUGUGUGUGUCUCACUCACUCAGUGUCUUUGUCAAUCAAUCGGUCCCCAUUCCACCACACAGACAGACAUACACGAGAACAGACAGACCUUAACGAGCGCUAUGCGUGCGUGCAAAGAUGCGAGGCCUCCCAGCGCGGCAGACGAAUAGACUGCUGUGUCCUGCCCCUACUCACUCGCCCUCCCGCCCCGCCCCGCCUCUCUGGCUGCACUGCAUGCCCUGCGUGCCGUGCAAGCUGUUCCGUCCACCACUGUGUGCUCUGCUCCUCUCCUCUGUCUGUCUGACUGCUUACUGCUGUCUUAUUCUUCUUUCGUUCGUUUGAUGCUUUCAUGGCUGGAUGUGUGGGUGUGUGGAUGUGCGUGAGUGACUCCUCAGCACGAACAGCGCUGAUGGCAGACAGACAGACAGACAGACGAAGAAAUGAACGAAUGGACGAAUGGACGAACGGCUGGCUGUAUUUAUAUUCCUUCCCACUAACUAAAGUGCAUGCGAUGCGCGUCUUUCUUGUUUGUUUGUGCUGUUUCUUUCAUUAUUUCCCUAGCUAGCUGCAUGCCCCGAUUGACUGACGUGAUGCGUGCCGUGUGAGCGCCAUGCAUCCUUCCAGCCUCACAGUUCUGGCUGGAGGGGAGGGGCGGGUGGAUCGAUAGAUACCAACCAACGAAUGAAUGAAUGAACGAAUGGAUGGAUGGCCUUUGGGUGGAUUGAUUGAAUGAUGUCAUGUCCUCUAUCGCACGGUGUACAUACAUACUUAUUUGAUAUCUUGGAGGGGCCGGGGGGUGGCGGGUGGGGGAAUAAUGAAUGGGCGGGUGAGUGGCCAGGCAGGCAGGCAGGCAGGCACACACGUGCGCACCGCACCCAAUUGACAGAGAAAGAAAGAGUAGAGCGCAGCGCGUGUCUCAUUUACAGACAGCGAUUGGUCUGUGGUCGUCUUGAUGCCUGGCUGGGUGCGGUGCAUGGCUGCAGUGACGUGACGCGACGUGCGAGACACCCACCGAUCGAUCGAUAUGUGCGUGCAGUGCAGUGCAGUGCAUUGAAUGCAUUGAUGGAGCGAGCGAUAGAUUGACAAAUCCUUUUUUGUCGUAAGUCGCUUCGACGUGCCUGCAUGUCAGUCAUGUGUGUGAGUGAGACGACAGGACAGCUGCCUGGCUGGCUGCCUGGCCUGGCUGGCUGGGUCCCUCCCUUCAUCCAAGGGAAUAACUGACGGCAGUGAUGCUUUCUAUGCAUGUAUGGUAUGUCGAUAGAUAAAUACCUCAGUCAGUCCCUCACGUACAAAAGUCA